GGGAUUGUAAAGGCGCACAGAUCUAUACACCGGCCAGGGAUGAAGGGCAGAAAAGUAGCAGUGGGAGGGAGAAGUGGUCGAGGGACUGUUGUUGGACAUGGAUUCCCAGCAGAGCCAGACAACCUCGGCCCCCUGCAUCCUCUCUCAGCCGUGUUUCGUCUCUACGUUUACGCUCUGCACGGCUGCCUCUGCGAGGUGGCCUUCACCGCCGUGUACGACUGGUGCAGCAGCCGAGACCAGAGGCUGCAGGGACACAGCAGCAUCUGGGCCCUGCCUAUGUACGGCUCUGCCAUCUUCUGCAUGGAGGCCCUGAGGGCCCGGCUGCUGGCCCAGAGCCGCUCCCUCGCUGUGAGGCUGGCAGUUUACACUUUAUUCAUUUACAUGUGGGAGUUCAGCUGGGGCGUGGGGCUGAGCCUGCUGGGGGCCUGUCCGUGGGAUUACUCAGCCCAUCGCUACAAUCUUCGCGGACUGGUGACUCUGGAUUAUGCCCCAGCCUGGGCUGUUGCUGGAUUUAUAGCGGAGCAGCAUGUAAUCAAGAAUACGCUAAGGAUAAGAUUAAAAAGCGGCUGAUUUCAUGGUUACCUUAAAUUAUGUCCUUCCAAAAUCAACCACAUGACAUUUCAUGUCGUUAUUUUUUUAAGAAACAACAAAAUGCUAUUGUAUUUUUAAUGUUUAUUUAUUAAAAAGGUUGAGAUUUUAAUCCCCAACUGACAAUACACUAAAGAUAACAUUGAAAAAUGACUGAUUUUAUGAUUAUCUUAAAUCAUGUCCUUCCAAAAUCACCCACAUGACAUUUAAUGUAAUUUUCAGCUGGAACAACACAGUACUACUGUGUUUUUAAUGGUUCAAAAUUAAAAAUCUGUAGACUUUUAAUCUCUAAUGAAGAAUAUGCUAAGGUUAAGAUUGAUAAACAACUGAUUUCAUAAUCAUCUUAAACUAUGUCCUAAAAUCACCCAACUUUCAGUAAACCUUAAGCAAUCUCAGGUCCUAGUUGUGAAAUUAAGUAUACUACAAUUAAUUGUGUAUUUAACCUAUAAUUACAUGUAUUCUGCCAUGUUGUCUUCCAUGUUGUUGUUUUAUUUUGUUUGUUUUUAUUUAAUUUCUAAACUAAAGUAAACCCCCACAACAUUUUUGUCUUUUUUAUUUUUUUGGAGAAACAACAAA